CUCUCUCCGCAGCCUUCGGGCCGCGGCUCCGUUUCAGGACUCGGCCGUUGCGGCGGUCGCAACACGUGGCGCAGCGGGGUGGUCCCGCUGGCGGCAUGGCCGCGGCGGCCGAGGCCGGUGGCGGCAGCGGCAGCAGCAGCAGCAGCAGCCGCCACGAGAAGAGCCUGGGGCUGCUGACCACCAAGUUCGUGUCGCUGCUGCAGGAGGCCAAGGACGGCGUGCUAGACCUCAAAGCGGCUGCUGAUACCCUGGCUGUGAGGCAAAAGAGAAGGAUCUAUGAUAUCACCAACGUUUUGGAGGGGAUCGAUCUCAUUGAGAAGAAGUCAAAAAACAGCAUUCAGUGGAAAGGAGUAGGUGCUGGUUGCAAUACAAAAGAAGUCAUAGACAGGCUGAGAUAUCUAGAAGCUGAAAUUGAAGAUCUAGAGCUAAAAGAAAAAGAACUGGAUCAGCAGAAACUGUGGCUUCAACAAAGUAUCAAGAAUGUCAUGGAUGACUCUACAAACCACCAAUUUUCAUAUGUCACCCAUGAAGAUAUCUGCAACUGCUUCAAUGGAGACACACUUCUAGCAAUUCAAGCACCUUGUGGUACACAGUUAGAAGUACCUAUACCCGAAAUGGGACAGAAUGGACAGAAGAAAUACCAGAUCAAUCUUAAAAGUAGUUCAGGACCUAUCCAUGUGCUGCUUAUUAAUAAGGAAUCAAGCUCCUCCAAGCCCAUGGUGUUUCCAGUUCCUCCACCUGAUGACCUUGCACAGCCCCCAUCUCAACCUGCAGCUGCAUCAACUCCCCUUAAACCUGCUACAGCUCCUCAGAGUCCACCAGAGGAACACGAUCUGAACCAAGGACACGAGUUACCACAAACAUCAGAUGCAGACACAACAUCGGAGGGCUGUGUGCAGCAGAGCAGUACCACCUCAGCAGCUCCUUACUCCAGCCUUCCAGAGCCUGUGCUGUACCCCAGCCUUGCAGGGGAUGUCGCCCAAGGUACAAGUAGCUCCAACGACUACCAGGGCUUGCUGCCCCUGGAUGUUAACUGUAUUCUCAAGCCAAACUCAUUCGACAUAGCCAAGAUGGAGGAGCCCACAGGGAACAUCGGUGGGGAUAUCAUUGAUGAGCUCAUGUCUUCUGACGUUUUCCCUCUCUUACGACUCUCUCCUACUCCCGGAGAUGACUACAACUUUAACCUGGAUGAUAAUGAAGGAGUCUGUGAUCUCUUUGAUGUGCAGAUACUAAAUUAUUAGAUAUUGUGUCAACCAGACUACUUAUCUACCUCUAACUAUAACAUUCUAGACUUCUUCAUAACCUAAGUAUUUGAAUAAUGAAUGUAUAACUUCUUAGUUCACUGACUCUGGGAGUGUAUUUCCUUUUGCUUCCUUUACUUCACAAAACAAAUUCAACAACCAG